AUGGCACAAAAACACCUUCUCCAAGCCCAAGAACGUCAGAGGAAGUAUUACGACAAGAAGAGAACGUCUAUCGCGUUCAAGGAGGGAGAUAUGGUCAUGUUGGAUACACGUCGUAUUCCAUCCGCUCAUGUGACUCAAGAUAUUGAAGGAAAACGUGCUAAGCUUGCUGCACAAAGUUGUACCCUUCGAGAUUUUGAAGAUGGUCAAUCCGAAGGUUGCCAAGCUGGAACUCCCGCGAAGCAUGAGACGAUUUAA